AUCGUCAGACACCUUGUAGACAAGAAGACAGCUCGCGCACGACUCACUUGCGAAUAUAAAAUGCAGAUUAAUACACGAGUCUGGAGCUGGCUGUUAUCUAACGUUAGUUAGGAGGGGAAAAGAAGAGCCAUGAAGAAACACCUGAGUCCUGCAAAACAGCAGCAGCAGCAGCAGCAGCCACCGGCGGAUGCCCCGGCUCCCGGCGGCGAGGUUAACGUUACCUACCAACAACUCAACGAGCUGCUGACAAACGGCAGCGGGUUCUACAGCUUACCGACACAACACUUCAACGAGGUCUUCCCCCGAAUAUACAUCGGUAACGCGUUCGUAGCCCAGAAUGCAAUGCGUCUGCAAAAACUCGGAGUGACGCAUAUCCUCAACGUGGCGGAGGGCACCUCCUUCAUGCAUGUCAACACCAGUGUGGACUUCUACGCCGGCACGGGCAUCACGUACCACGGUAUCCAGGCCAACGACACGGAGCAGUUCAACCUCAGUGCCUUCUUUGAGGAGGGGGCCGAUUUUAUUGACAAGGCCCUCGCACACAAUAAUGGCAAAGGGAAAGUGUACGUACACUGCAGAGAAGGCUACAGCCGCUCCCCUACCAUGGUUGUUGCCUACCUCAUGCUGCGCCACAAAAUGGAUGCCCGGCUGGCGGUGGCCACCGUGAGGCAUAAGAGAGAAAUUGGUCCCAAUGACGGCUUCCUUCGCCAACUGUGCCAACUUAACGAGAAGCUGGCAAAGGAGGGCAAGCUGAACGGGGAGGUGGGCAAACUAAAGACCAAAUGAAAGCAGGACAGACCCUCUGCCCUGUGUCCUCCCAUCAUGCCUUUCACAGGCGUUCAGCUGCUCUCGGACCCCGCCCUGACCAAACCAGCACCCAUCUGACACACCAAGGGGUAUUCUGAAACACAAACAUACAUGCAUUUAUCUGUGUAGAUGAUUAUUCCUCAUGCACACACACAAUCUCACAUUUUUGUUUAUAAAUCUUCAGUUCAGGUCUGUCACUGCUGCUCCUAAAGAGGACGUGUGUCAGUCCUCUGCCUGCUCCUACAAAGAGUGUGAUUUCACAUACUACCCCCUUUUUUAAACUCCACACAGAUGUGCGGACGUUUCACUGCUAGUGCCCGAAAGCAGUACCUUAAAGCAUUCCUUCAAUCCUCCGCAAGUUGAGAAGGCGAAAACUUUGCCCUGAUUUUUAAGAUUUUCCUUAAAUAGAAGAUUAUAGCACAAUCAUUCCAUAGUUUUCCACUGCCGGGAAUAUCAGUGAUGUCUCCGCCAGCAGGACGACUCUAUAAAUCCCAUAUGAACUCUUAGAUAUUAAAAGCCGAACGGCCACACAUGAUGCAGACAAAAGAUGCGAUAUUUGAAUGGAUAGAGGAAAAUCCCAAAACAUUCCAUGAAAACGAAAAAAAAAAAAAGGUUUUGUUGGCCCUC